AUGUGGAGAUCAUCAAAAAGGCUGAUCAUCGAUUGCAUACAGUUCGUCAUUAGAUGCGGCCGCAGUAAUUUCGAUGCGGAUGAUUUGGAUGACAUCUCCGAUUACGACGUCCUGGAUGUUCCUAGUAAUGUAGCGAUAUUCACCCCCGCUGUUGCGAGAAGUAUAUGUCGCGGUUUGCAAAAUGCCAGUAUCGUAAUAGCGAACGAGAAGUCGCGGGCGAUUAAUCUCGGCAACGAUAAAAAUCAUCGUUUCAUUUUGUUGUCUUGGCUUGCCCUCGGCGUUCUUGACGGCGCAAGCCAGGGCGGAAACGAUCGAUAUUGUAGACCCGGGGUAGCUUUACGACAAGACACCAAGUGCUUAAAUCGACGGUUCAACGUCCUCGCAGUGCAUUUCCAACCGCAAACGUUCGGGCUGCCAAGGCAACCGCGCCAGGACGACCUCCAGCAUCGACCGGACGCGCCGGGAGCGAGGAGGACCUCACCGCCGGAAGUGGUGAGCAAGGUGUUGCAGGCCCUCGAGGAGAUGGGCGAGCCCGUGGGACCGUCGGCAGAGAAGGUGCUCAGGGCUUCGUCGAGACCCCUAGGGUACCUGCUGCAUUUAGGAACACCAUCGGCGAGGACGAGCUAACAGAUUCGCCACUUCGCAGUUUCAACCAACUUCUACCCUGGAGUCCGUAUCCGGGGAUCUUGUUACCUCGGACCGCUCGGGACUUUCGCACUUGUGGACUCCCAGAAGAAGCGAACGAACCGUCCGUGUAGAAUAUUCGACGCCUCGUUCUUGUGACUUUACCCUCUUCUCCCUUCCUCUUGUACGGACACUUAAGUCACGUCUUAAUUGUGUAAUAAUAUUGUGUGCGUAUAUAAAAAUAAACUGCAUACGAUACCUGAAAGAUCCGGAGACUUUGCAGUUUCGAUUGCUUAUCAAGAAUCGCUGAUUGCGUUUUUCAUAUGCGAUCGUGUAUUCUGUCUGGUUAUGUAUUAUAUAUUAUUUCGUUGAAAAAUGUAUCGACGACGAAAGCUAUUACAAUAAAAUCUUAUUACAACAAAUAUGGUCCAAUUUCCGAGUUGAAUUCUUCACAGUGAAAUUUCGUUAAAUUCCCAGUUGACCAUGUAUUGACAUAGAAAAUAGCUUCAUUCUCGUGAACUAAAUUUCGUUAUAGCGAACAAUUUUGACUGUAAUUUAUGUAAAGUAUUUAAAAGAAAAGCUUUUAUA